AUGAAUUCCACCGCUGUAUUCAGUGCGCAAGUGGUUCGGAAGCAGAGGGUGGCUGUGAAGGUCAUAGCCGAUGCCAAUGAGUCCCUGAAGGAGCAGAUAGUCCUUGAAAACAAGCAGACCGUGAAUGGCACAACAUCUGAAGGCUUUGCGACUCUGGCAGAGUUGCAGGACGCAGCCAACACCUAUGUCCAGAGGAUCACAGAGACGCAGCUGCAGAAAGCGGCGCUCGUGGCGGCCAAUGCUAAGCUGGAGGAUGUCAUUGCCGAGCAGCGAAGGGAGAGUGGGGGACCCAAUGCCUGCUCCAAGAAAGUUAUCCAGGGACGGAGGAGGCUCAAGAUCCUGGAGGACCAGCUGCAGGCCGCUUCUGUCCGCAGGGACCAGUUCCUCCUCGCGCAAUCCCACCGGGUCCAGGCCCUACAGCUGGAGACCACCGUGACGCAGGGCGCGGCCGCCAAGACCCGCGCCCGCCUGGCCAGGCGCAAGAACGACCUGCUGGACCUGGUGGCCGACAUCUGCGAGGCGCACGAGGCGCGGGAGAAGGCGCUGGCCCUGAUCGCGCACACCCGGGGACAAAUGGAUCGCGAGGCCGCGGUGCUGGAGCAGGAGUGGCGCAAGCUCACCCAGAUCCUCGACCUGGAGCGGCUGGCGCGGGACGAGCAGCGUCGGCGGGAGCAUGCCCAGCGCGAGCAGCAAAUGGCCAACCUGUUUGCCCAGGACUUUGCCGCGCCGACCCUGGGACCCCGGGCCCGGGGUCCCGGCAGCGGCACCGGGCGGGUGCAGGCCUGCGCGGAGGCCUUUCAGAAGAUAUCCGGUGCAACAGGCUACAGCAGCAUGGAGGAGCUGGCAGCCGAGCUGGUGGCCAUGCAGCAGCGGAACUUUAUGCUCUUCAAGCACAUGACGCAGGCGCAGCUUGAAACCGAGGCCAACCGUCAGGCGGCGGCCGGUUUUCGUCGGGAGGCUGCUGCGACGAGGGAUGCAGUGGCGGCAGCAAGGCAGGCGCAGAAGUGCGCAGAAUUCGCACGGGAGGUGGGGGAGCGGACCGACAAGGUGCAAUCCGACACUGCGGCGCUGGCACGCCAACUCACGGAUCGCGAUAGGCUGCUCGAGGAGCUGGGGAGGAGGGUGCUGGCCAUGACGGAGGAUGCAGGGUAG